AUGCAAAAAUUGGCUACCUCGUUGACCCUUCUCCUACUCGUUUCCACAACUGUCUUCGCUCAAUAUGACUUUGGACCAGCUGGACUGAGCCGAGCGAGACGUGCCACAUAUACGUACAACGGAGCCUCCUACACCUAUCCCUAUUAUCGAAAUGGGGCCACUUUCUCAGCCCCCACCAAUGGCUACAACAACAACGGACAGUACUAUUAUAAUUCGGCCAAUACUCAAACCUACACGGGCACCAGCGGUCAGACGUUCAAUUGUCACGGUGGAUACACGUAUGGAGGAGUCUACUAUCCAUACUGUGGCUUU